AUGCCAACUGAAAGCUUACGAGUGUGUGGAGGAAAGCGCAUUAAAUAUGCAUUAGUACAUGAGAAAAUGAACGGUUCCCACUCAUACAUUUACUGCGAAAAACGAGGAUCAAGUAGCAAAAAUUUAACUUCCCUAUUUCACUGUCUACCUACCCAGUUAGAAAGUGGUGUCAAAGCUACUACCAUAGCCUGGAGGCCACUCUGCCCAGAGGAAAUACAAAGGCGGGGCCUUAAUUGCCCGCUAAACCAAAACGAGGAGUUAAGCAAACAGUCAGAGUACUACGAUGUAUUCUCAAGGGAUGAGUGGACGAAUAACUGGAUUUACUUUUCAUUGUUGAAGACUAAAAACGAAUUAAUAUCCGCGUUUGAAUCAUAUUUAAUCAGUUUAUCAAGCUUUUCUAGUCUGAUUUUUCUGUUUUUAUAUGUCCCUUCAGUAAGUGAUAAGGUCAAUGUCGAUUCAUUUUAUAUCCUCACUAUACGAAACCAGUUUGCGGCUGAGUUACUAACUUUCAAGAGAAAAGGUGGAUCUGGUGGAAGUUUAAAAGCUGACAUAAAGAAUGGAGGUAAAUGUAACAAAGUAGAAAAGAAUUUGCAAAUCUUCUCUACCUCACUCAAACUAAUCCCCUGUCACAGGCGACGGUUGGAAUUACCGACUCUCCUCCGUCUCGCUCAACCCCAAUUUCUGGUUAAUUUGGCAAUAAAUUUGUGCUGUCAACAAACUGGGUACUUCAGCAGACUAAAACUAAUUUCACAUUUAAUCCAUGAUUUUUCAAAAUUCUGGAAAAAAACUAAGUACGCUGAAAACCGGGAUGAGUUGAAGCACCGCGAAAAUAGUUUAAUUAAGGGGACAAAGGAGUGUUUCUUUAACUCAAUUUUGCAUGCAAUUCCUUUUAUCAAGUAUUUAGCAAUAUUUUUCCCUUUUUCAGAAACCACACCAAAAAUGCUUAAACCAUUUGUUAAAUUCUUUCACAGUCCAUUCAACGUCAUCCCUUCAGCUAUUGACGAUGACGUUCUAGGAGCAGAAGAAUAA